GUCUCCUUCAACGACUUGGUGAUGCAGCUUUCAACGUGCUCUUCUCGAUAUUCACUCACUCACAUUUAUAUUGGAUAAACAGAUACUGUACACAGAGGAUACAAUCUCUCUCUUCUUUACUGUUUCUCAUGCAUGUUCCAUUCUGGGGUCUGCCUAUUAAAUAAUUUUGUAUCUAAAGCUGCUGACCACACUCUCUCUGACACCCCACCUCCAUCGCUGGCCUCCUUUCUUUGCCUCAGGGGAAAAAAAAAAGGAAAAAAGAUCAGAGCUUUUUCAAGAGAAUUAACUAGCAUUCAGAUUCUCUCUCUUACUCAUUAAUCUUCAUAACUUUUACCUAAAUUGUUGCAGUUGUUAGGAGGAGAUAAUAACUAAUAGCUCCUACACAUAUCUUGUUCUUUUCGUUGUUCUUUAGCUGUAAUUCAAUCGCCCAUCUUUUAUGGGAAAGAAAGGGGGAUCAUCUUGGCUGACGGCGGUCAAAAGAGCAUUCAGAUCUCCUGUUAAAGACAGUGAAAAGAGGAACAAUAGAAACAAAGAUGAACAAGAAGAGGAAGAAGAAAAGAAGAGGGAGAAACGUGGAUGGCUUUUUCGGAAACUCAACCAUCAGGAUAUCAAUGCAACCCCGCCUAAAACGAGCAAUGCUGCCGGUGCUGCACCUUCAGUGACCAGUUCUUUGGAAGCUGCUUUUAUUCAUGACCCAAGGCAUGCUGUGGCAGUGGGAGUGGCUGCAGCUCAAGCUACAUCUGAAGUUCCAAGGCUUUCAAGGCCUCCCACAAAUUAUGCAAAGGAGCAUCGUGCUGCCAUUGCCAUUCAAACAGCUUUCAGAGGAUAUCUAGUGAGUUGUUUAUAUUUAGAUCAUUCAAACUGCCAUUAAUGGAUAAAUUUCAUGUCGAAUAAAGAUGAAAAACGUAGACCAAUUUAUUAGGACUUGAACUACCCCUCAUAACAAGGUUGACAUUUUAAGAUAGAACCUCAAUUUUAAUAUGGUAUUAAAACUCAUUAAGCUCUAAUGAGCAAUUUGAUCCUAUCAAGACUUGAAAAAAUGAGUAUAUGGAUUUCAAGAUUGGUUUGCUCAAACGAGCCACCAUCUUGCUGGGCAUGUUAAGGGAUAAAUUUCACAUUGAAUAAAGAUAAUAACACAGAACAAAUUAUAAGAGUUUGAGUUACUCCUCUUAACAAGGUUGACAUUUUGAGAUGGAACCUCAAAUCUUAAUAGUUAUUGUAUCAUUAAUUUGUACCCAAGGGGAAAGAUAGUAAAUUCUC